GAGAGAGUUCAGGACGUUCGUCCGUCUGUCAAGCACAAACACAAGCUUGAGAACGCCGGGGCAUAAACCACGCAGGAAACUGUGACGACUGAUUAGAUAAAUCCAAAGAAAGUGACUUGUGGUGUCUUAGAAGAGGCCUUUUACACCCCGUUAUGGCAAAGUUCCAUGGACCAAGGUUUUUAUUCCUGAUCCUGGCAGGAUUAGUGUUAUGUACUGCAGAUGACAAAAAUGGACCAGAGACAUCCCCCAAGUGCAACUACACCCUCGAAGAAGAAAACGAUACUGUGACAGUGAAAAUUGACAAGAAUGACUCAGCAGACAAAUACAAGAUUAAAUUCACAGACACAUCAGAUGGAAGCUCUACAGAAGAGUCUUUCCCAAUGUCACUUAAAUCAUUUAAGCCUUGCCAAAAUUACGCUGUCACUCUUACUCCUUCCUGUAACCCCACGACUGGAUUUUUUAAAACAAGAGAAUUAGUUGACUCAGAUGUAAACCACACGUUGAAGAUAACUGGGACAAAAGUACAAGUGUGUUUUGAGACCAAAUGGAAUUUGAAUAAAUGUAUUGAUCUCAAUACCAAUAUCUCCUGCACUGGCUAUAUCGUGACUUUUAAAGGAGAUCCCUGCAAGAAAUCUAUCCCUUUCACACUUCCCCCAGUAAAGCCUGUUAUUAGUUAUACAAACGAGUUCCCUACGAAAUUACGUUGGGACAAUCAGCCUUCAAACUGCCUAAAAGACCUCACAUACAACUGCAAUGGUUUGGCAGUUGCAGAUUUUAAAGAUUUGAAACCUAUUCAUAAUCAUAUCUGCACUGGGACAUAUGAUUAUGGGAAUGGAACAGCUACAAGUGAUCCCAUCCCAGUUAAGAUUGAUUGUGAUAUAGUGAAUGAGCCCAGUCUCUCUGUAAGUCAUAAUAGCAUUCAUGCAUCCUGGCAAUUGGAUAGCGAGAAGUGUCCAUCGAUUACCACAGACUUCACCUGGGAUGUAACGUGCAAAGAACAUGAUUACACCAGAUAUUUAAAAGGGCACUGUACCAAGAACUCCUGUGAAUUUUCUAAUUUGAAAAGUUUUACUGAAUAUACUUGUGAGUUUGUAGCGGCUUAUGAAAACAAACCAUUUAACACCACUACCAAAACUACAAAAACCUGGCCUGGACGUAAGUACUGCACACGAUUUUCUAGUUUUCAUGUCUGAUGGUGUUAGUAAUGCAUAAUAACUAACCAUGACCACUAAUCCCAAGUGUUGAUCUGAUACAUAAUCAUUGCAAUAUUUGUUUAUUUGUUGAGAAAAGAUGUACAGUUCCAAGUCCCAUGAUCCUUGUCCUCCUUUCUUUCUCCCACUCUUUCUCUUUUGAUCAACUCCCAAUUAAGCCAUUAUCUAUUCUCACUACAUCUUUAAACUGUUGUUGUUGUCUUAUUUAUUUCUUCUUUGUCAUGGUCCAGCUCCUUAUUUCUUUGUAGACACAGAAGAAUUUGAUCUUUAACCAGUAGGAAGUUGUGUCUACAUAGACAAUAGUAGCAAAUUCAAGCCACAACUAAUUAAGACCAAACUGAUCACAACAUGAUGCAAAAACCACCACAAAGUCUUUCA